AAACUACUUAUUUAAUUUGAAACUAAAUUUGUUUUGUAGUGCGUCAACACCAAGCAAGAAUAAUUACAACUGUAGGCUUAAAUCGCGCCCCACUAGACUCCAAUCAAUCCCAAGCACCCCUGCGUUAACAAAACAGAAGAAGAAGAAUUUCACUUCCGCCCAGAGAUGGAACCUUAAUUCUGUUAUAUGCACGAGCAGUCUAAUCGUUACUUAACUAUUUUUUCACCGUGCUUGGACAAACAUUAAGUUAAAUUUAUUUGAAUAAUGGACUUUAAAAUCACCCACGCUCUUUCAUCCGUGCCAGUUUUGCCCAGCAUCUACACUAAUGUAGACGACUUAUGAUAGGCGCUGCUCAGCGAACUAACGUUAGCCACAGUCAAGCUAACCAACUAGAGCCGUGCCAAGAUGGACGAAGCUGCGGCGGAGGUGAUGGAAGCCGUCCCGACAGAAGAACAGUCAGUCGCUUUGGAUAUAACAUCCUCAAACGACGGUGUGACACCGGCUGAGGGUACCGCAGAUGGGCUAUUCUCCUGCCAAGAUUGUGGAGAAACCUUCAGAGAGGAGGCAGGCCACUUGGAGCACCGCCAUCAGCACCCUGACGGAAGCUGCCUGAUGUAUUUAGAGCCGGUGGAAGAUUUGGAUGAUGCCGACAAAGAUGGGGAAAGUACAAAUUACUGCCAUUUGUGCUCACAGUCAUUUGUCGAUUUGAGUGAAUUCCACUCACACAUGGAGAACCACCAUAGCCAACCCUCGGGUACUCCGCAGAUUUCCGGGGCGACGAAGCAGAAUACCUUUGAAUGCGCUGAAUGCGGCAAGAGCUAUUCAAUGCUGGGACACUAUCUCAACCAUCAACGCACCCAUAUACAAGCGUCCAAAUCCUUGUUUAAAGACCUGGAACAGUUGAAGAAAAAGUCCUUUCAGUGCGAGUCUUGCGGGCGGAGUUAUUCCCGUCAGUCUGCUCUCGAUGCACACCGACGUUGUCAUGAAGAAAAGUUAAUCAAACCUCGAAACAGGACUUCAGAUGAAUUGAUUCCUCCCGCUGAGACGGUACUUGAAGCCAAGCCAUUUGAAAAACCGACUCGUGCCGCUCCGGAGAAGCUUAUCAAUUGUCCGUGCGGUAAAUCCUUUUCUUCUUUGCAAGGCUUGAAAACACACCAGCGAUUCAGCCAGUCCAGCGAGUGCUGUACAGCCGAAGUUAAAGGAAAGCAGAAGAAACAUGUAUUCUACUGUAAGGAAUGUAGGAAGAUGUUCCACGGCCAUCUUGCCUGGUUCAACCACGAGAAAUGGCACGAAAACCGCUCCGAAGGAUCUCCAAAUCGAUUCCCGUGCGAGGUGUGCGGGAAAGUGUUUAUGACUCAAACCUUCUACUACAGACACCACCGCAUGGUGCACAGCAACGAGGUCCCGGCGAAGUCGUUUCUCAACCAAGUAGACCAGCUGCAGAAGAGAGCGUAUGAAUGUAGCGAUUGCGGCCUCACGUUCUCCAGACCGUCGGCGUUUCACUCUCAUCGGCUUCAACACACAAACGGGGCGGGAGCGGCCUCGACGCAUACACCCGCGCGUCAGCAGAUGACUCAGGAAGGGGAACAGAAAGAGACUCGAAUAUUGCGAUACCAAGCAGACGCCGAGAAUGUUCUUCGGCUCAAAGGCGAAGAAGAACCCGACGCAAAUGACGAAGAUACAGAGAGUUAUGAACCCGGGGAUUUCAAUGUCUUGGUGAUCAGUGGCAGUGAAUCCGAGGACGACGCCGUCCAAGACUCUCAUCUCGAUCAAGAGCCAAGAGGAUCCAGUCCCCCUGUUUCAAAACCAGACCUGGGCUUGAACAUUGUACAGGUUGACCUCGAAUCCAGCAAGGAGCAGCGCCCCCCAGCAGCGACGGAAGCCGAAGACAAAGCGCCGGCAAAAAGACUUGAUUGUCCAGAUUGUUACCGGUGGUUUACUAGUGAGGCGUCUCUACGGGCUCACGUAGUGUGGCACAACUUUCGUGAGAGGAGACGCAAGAAAGGUCAGUCCGUGGAAGUUUACACAUGUGACAAUGAAGCUAGUUACGCUGCAGGUGAUGCUACAGAAUAUAAGACGCAGGAAUUAAGCCAGGUGGUGCAAUUAGAGGACGAGAGCGUCGCGUGCGACAACUGCGGCGUGUACUUUUCCCAUUCGUGUGCGUACGUCUUUCAUCAGUUACAUCAGCCCAACAGAAAGCAAUUGCUAUGUCGAGAUUGUGCGACGUCUAACUCGCCGGAUUUGCUAAAUGACGCAAACCGCUCUGCAGACAUGUCUGUUCCAAAAGCGUACAAUCCAAAGAAAACCCUCCUAGGCCCUAAGAUCUACCACUGCGAGCAGUGCGGAAAGGGUUUUUGGUCUUUAGGUGCGUACUCGCAUCACAAGCAAAAUCCGAGUCAGUGCGUCGACGUGAGACUCAGGACCGGGGUCGCGCAGCCAUCGCACCGCGGGCGUUCCCGCUGCAGUCUUAAAGUCGCGUGCCCCGUUUGUGGCCGAAAGUUCCGUCACAAAGGCAUUAUGACGUUGCACAUGCGCACGCACGAAAACGGCAACCACAAAUGCGACCUCUGCAACCGAUCGUUCCGUCUGUUUUCCAGCCUCCUCAGGCACCAGGUUGUGCAUAACGAGCACCUCCCCCCACCUAUUAAGUCCUUCCAGCAUCAGGUGGAGCAGCUGCAAAAGAACACGUACAGCUGCCCCGACUGCGGGAAGCUGUUCUCCCGGGAAAAGGCCCUCAAGUUUCAUAUGAAGUAUCACGGCUAUGAGAGCGGGCAAUCGCCUUCGCCGCCCAGAUCCACACAGGAGGACUUCCAGUGUGGCGUGUGUCUGACGUAUUUCAAAAACAAGGCUUCUUUGAGGGCUCACCGAAAGAUUUGCAUUAAAAAAGAAUAUCAAUCAACAAAUGAUAAGACAGAAAACCUAAAUGAUGUUAUUGAUGGGAAGUCAAAGGAAAGCCUGCUACAUAGUACGGUUUUAAAGCAAGAACUGGACCCUGAGGAGCUCCACAUUGAAAGCCCAUAUACUACACACCACUUGGAAAAAGACAAUUUGAAAUACAAGUGUAAAAAGUGUGAUCGGAGCUUUUCUGUUAUCGGGGCUUUAAAUUUGCAUAAACGAAUUCAUGCUAAAGGUUACAAAAAUAAAGCUAAAGCAACAUUAUCCUCUGAGCUUAGCGAGGAAGAGUUAAGGAAAGACUUUCCCUUUCCGUGCUCGGAAUGUGGGAAGCGAUAUAUGUCCAACUCUGCCCUGGGCUCCCACAAAAGAUGGCACUCUAAUAGGACGUCACUGAAAGAGCGGUCGUCUAAACGGGACGCGUCCACGCCGCCGCCGCCGCCACGGCCUCACAUAAGCGCACAUGCUGAGACCCGAUUGGACUUAUGUCCAGACGGUUCGAUUUUAGGUGACGAUACAGAUGCUCAGGGAGGCGGAGCCUCGAUCCAAUCAGUCGGCAAGCCUCAACCCACCUCAAAAAUAUACCAGUGUCCCCUCUGCGCCGCAAUCUUUUACAAACCUAGAGGCCUCCGUGCCCACAAAUGGCGAGCCCACUCAGGCAGUACGAAAGCCCAACCUAAAAAUCCAGCGGAAGCAUCGGAUGUAACCGACAAUGUUGCCGACAAUAAAAACCUCCCAGCAGGCGGCGAACACAAGAAAUUGAGUUCCAUCCCAAAACUCGAGUGCAGCACCGCUGCUGUCACGGAUGACAAUAAAAUGGCCGCCCAAGCCCCCGAAGCCUUAGCCGAGAUCUCCCUUCCCCUGACCCGCCUUUCCGAGCACACGGGCAAAUGUCUCUACAAGUGCGGCAAAUGCGGGAAAGCGUUCCAAACCGAGGGGCAGUUAGAAAUCCACAAGACCAAGGCAAAAAGCCGGCCUUUCUGCUGCACCCUGUGCUGCAACGCCUUCUGGACCGACAAUCAGCUGCAGCAACACCUCACCUGGCACGAUCAGGUGCGAUUUCGGCUGCCCAACGAGGUCCGCUUACGCCUCAGUGCCGCUUUGACGUCAAAGUCGCUCAAACCGGCGGGAAAGUCCUUUCUUUCCCCGUCCGUGUUGCCAAACCGAAAAUGUCCGCAUUGUCAAAGCGGCGCGUGUUGUUGCUCGAAUCCGCCGCUUGGUGGCUCGCAACACCAGGCGUCUAUUGGUGGCCCUGAUCCAGUCUCAUCCGGAGAUUCGGGCCUUACUUGUCUUGAAUGUGGAGCUCUUUUUAGUCAAGAAACUGAUUUACACCAGCACUAUACCAAACAUGCACACGGCAUGUUUUAAAAGAAAAGUAACACAAAUUAUUACAAGAUAUUGUUUACAUGUAAACCUUAAUAUCGUUGGUAUUUGUGGGUCUUUUUUUUGUCAAGAAUAUACUUGGUACUUUCACUAUAUUUAGUCUUAAUGUUGGUCUCUGAAAGCUUUUCUUUAUACUGGAUUAACAUUCUACACCUUACACAACCUCGCCUUUUAAACAUAUGCCAUGACAACAUUCAUUCAUUCAUUCAUUUUCUACCACUUAUCCUCACGAUGGUCGCGGGGGUGCUGGAACCUACCCCAGCUGUCUUGGGGCAAGAGGCGGGGUACACCCUGGACUGGUUUCUAGCCAAAUCACAGGGCACAUAUAGACAAACAACCAUUCACACUCACAUUCAUACAUUCAUUGAUUCAUUCAUUUUCUACCGCUUAUCCUCACGAGGGUCGCAGGGGUGCUGGAGCCUAUCCCAGCUGUCUUGGGCCGAGAGGCGGGGUUCACCCUGGACUGGUCGCCAGCCAAUCACAGGGCACAUUGAUUCAUUCAUUUUCUACCGCUUAUCCUCACGAAAGUCACGGGGGUGCUGGAGCCUAUCCCAGCUGUUUUGGGUCAAGAGGCGGGGUACACCCUGGACUGGUUUCUAGCCAAUCACCGGGCACAUAUAGACAAACAACCAUUCACACUCACAUUCAUACAUUCAUUUUCUACCGCUUAUCCUCACGAGGGUCGUGGGGGUGCUGGAGCCUAUCCCAGCUGUCUUCGGCCGAGAGGCGGGGUACACCCUGGACUGGUUGCCAGCCAAUCACAGGGCACAUAUAGACAACCAUUCACACUCACAUUCAUACCUAUGGACAAUUUGGAGUCGCUAAUUAACCUAGCAUGUUUUUGGAAUGUGGGAGGAAACCGGAGUACCCGGAGAAAACCCACGCAUGCACGGGGAGAACAUGCAAACUCCACACAGAGAUAGCCGAGGGCGGAAUUAAUCAUGGCAACAUUCCCAAGUCAAAAUUGAGGCGUUCGAGCUGAACACAUGCAUUAAAAAAAAAACAUUUAUAUGAAUUUAAUAUAUUUAUGCAUGUCUGAAUACAUUUUUAACUCUGUUAAAAAUCAGAAAAGUACCAUCUUAUUUUUCUGCUGUCUUUUUAAAUCUGGAGGUGCCAAGUUAGCUUAGAGAUAAAAAGGCCUGUAAAGCACCAAUAUGUACAAAAUGACCCCUUUUUUCCCUUUUACAUGGUGUAUUUCUAUGUUGCUAAAAAGGACUGUGGCUUUUGUAUUGAUUUACAGCGGCUCUCUUAGUUUUUGGGACAAGAUCUGUAACCGUAAAAGAUCUGUUCAUGACCAUUCCUUUGACUAUAUGUUAACUUGCUGUUUCUGACGAUCUAAUAAAUGGAUCUGUUGUAGUCUGAA